CAGUAUCUGUGUUCAGCUUCAGUCUAGAGCUGAUGUCUCAUAACUGUCAGAUUAUACAGACUUGCCGUACAUUACAAAUUGACACUAUUAUCAGAAUAAGAAUAGAGAAAUCUACAGGCACAAUGUACUCAUGGAAAGUAGUGAUGCUGAAUGCAGUUCUGGUUAUUGAUGGGAUGGCUGCUGGCUCUCUGCUGAGAUGGUGACAUUUAGCUGACUGAUCCGGGUGCCUUGUAACCUGUCAUCAUCACGCUAUCCUCCACCCUCCUUUACUCCAUGCUUGUCUUCAAAGCUGUGGAGUCAAACGCUGGAUGCAUCUGAUUGGCCUCUUCAUUGUCGCUGUGCUGGAAAAUGAUUGGUUAUGGCAGACAAAAUAAGCUGGUUGGGUUUUAACAAACAUACAUUCUUUGCUAAGUCCCCAUAAAUACAAAUGCAAUAUUAUAAACAUAUAAAAAACAAUAUAUAAAUGAUAAUAAUAUGAACAAAAUAAUAUGUGACUCUGUGUCACAAAACCAGUCUUAAGUAGCACGGGAACAUUUUUAGUAAAAGACAAAAAUACAUUAUAUGGGUCACAAUUAUCGAUUUUUCUUUUAUGACCAAAAUCAUUAGGAUAUUAAGAUCAUGUUCCAUGAAGAUAUUUUGUACAUUUCCUACCUUAAAUAUAUAAAAACUUUGUUUUUGUGAGUGAAUGGCCUGCCACAGUGCCUCUCAUUCAUAACUUCAAAGGCGCUUUUCUCAAUAGUUAGAUUUUUUUUGCACUCUCAGAUUCCUGAGUUUUAAACGGUUGUAUCUCAGCCAGAUAUCGUCCUAUUCUUACAACUCAAACAUCAAUAGAAAGCGUAUUUAUUCAACUUUCAGAUGAUGUAAACAUCUCAAUUUUCUGAAAAAAAUGACUGGUUUUGUUGUCCAGGGUCACAUUUGUGUUUUAAAUCAUAAUGUGAAAUGGCCGGUAGAUUAUUUCAGAAGUGCAGUUUAGUGCUGUGAGGGAGCGCCAAUGGAGGCGUUGUCACAUCUGCUCAAAAUCCUCACUGUGCAUCAUCUGGCCUCAAGGUUUUGUCAGAGGAAGAGAGGAGCUCCCCAGCAGGUCAAGAUGAUGAGGAAUGGGAGAAGGCCUUGUCUGUGGAGAGGUUCGGGGACAUCAUUACCGAGUCGGCCAUCAAUGGCGCAGAUAAAAUGGGUCGCAGCUACAACGAGAAAGACUUUGAGUAUCACAGGCAUACGUUCCACCACACCCAUCACCCCCUGUCCACCCACCUCCCCCCGCAGCGUUUCCGUAAGAGGGUGCUCAGUAUGGACCGCAGACGAAAGAAAAAGAGGAAGAAAAAGAAGACGUCCAUUCCUCCGUCAGACGUCACACCCACAAUUCAUGAGGUUGAUGAAGAGGAGGCUGAGUCUGAGGCAGAGGGGCGGUGCCAAUCGACCACGCCCACUGAGCCAUCUGAAGAGCUGCCACAGUUCAGUUUGGGAAGUGAGGAAGAUCUGGCGGCCGACCUCCCUCUCACCAGCUUCCAUAUGGAGAGUGAGAGACCCCCCAGCAGUGAAGAGACCCCACCUAACCCGGCCGGAAUGGAGGAGCAGGAGGAAAAGCACGAACCGCCGGACAGAGAAUCGAAAGAGCUUUCAAACAGGUGUAACCCAUCUCCAGAACCGGCCAGUAUGACAACACGGGGCUGGUUUCGCCGGAAGCCCGUCCACCGGCCGGCUGGAGCCCAGCGGACCAGCUACGACCUGCGAGAACGUAUCUGCAUUGGCAGCAUGACCGCCAUAGAGACGGCUGUCUACCAGAAGGUUCCUACUGAUGAGGCCGAGGCUCAGAUGUUGGCCAGCGCUGAUCUGGAUGACAUGAAGAGUCACCGAUUUGAGGACAAUCCUGGGGUUAGACGGCACCUGGUUAAGAAAUCAUCACGUUGUCAAAUUCCCCGAAUGAGCAACAGUUCUCCACCUCUGUCCAGUCUGAAGAGAAGAAAGAGGAUGGAGAAAAAACCCCACGAGGUGUUUGUGGAGCUCAACGAGCUGAUCGUGGAUAAAAACCAGCAGAUGCGUUGGAAGGAGACGGCACGUUGGAUCAAGUUUGAGGAGGAUGUGGAGGAGGAAACGGAUCGCUGGGGUAAACCGCACGUGGCCUCCCUGUCCUUCCGGAGCCUGCUGGAGCUCCGCAGGACCAUCACACAUGGUGCCAUCAUGCUGGACCUGGAUCAGACCACACUGCCUGGCAUCGCCCACCUGCUGGUGGAAACCAUGAUCAUCUCGGACCAGAUCAGAGCUGAAGAUCGACCCAACGUGCUGAGAGCCCUGCUGCUCAAACACAGUCACCCCAACGAUGAGAAAGAAGGACUUUUCCAUCGGAACCACUCUGUCACCAGUCUGAGCGGCUUCCGUCACAACCACAAUCAUGUUCAUGACACAAGCCUGCCUCUGGUGUCUCAGGACCACGCGGAGAUGCACGACAGCAAAGCGGCAGAACAUGACAAAGAGAAAAACCUCCACCCAGUUCCAGCUGAGUCUCACGCCGCUGCCAGAUCUCUAAAACUCCUGGCAAAGAUUCCCAAGGAUGCCGAGGCCACCGUGGUCUUAGUGGGUUGCGUGGAGUUCCUGGAGAAGCCUGCGAUGGCGUUUGUCCGGCUGAACGAAGCCGUCCUGCUGGAGUCUGUUCUGGAAGUCCCCGUCCCCGUUCGAUUCAUCUUUGUGCUGCUGGGUCCUACACAGACCAAUAUGGACUACCACGAGAUUGGACGCUCCUUCUCCACCCUCAUGUCUGAUAAGAACUUUCAUGAGGUGGCUUACUUUGCCGAUGACCGGCAGGACCUGCUCAAUGGCAUCAAUGAGUUCUUAGACUGCAGUAUUGUGAUUCCACCCUCGGACGUCGAGGGAAAAGACCUGCUGAAGACCGUGGCUUCCUUCCAGAAACAGAUGCUUCGCAAACGCAGAGAGAGAACGCAUAAAAAAUGUGGCAGUACCGUGACAGGAAAUGAGCAGGAGACAAAAGAUGUGAGUGCAGACGAACAAAUGGAGGAGGACCAGUUUGACGUGGACCCUCUCAAGCGCUCUGGGAUUCCAUUUGGCGGUCUGAUCCACGACAUCCGGAGACGUUACCCGCGCUACAUAAGUGACCUGAAGGACGGCAUCGACACACAAUGCCUCGCUGCUAUCAUUUUUAUUUAUUUCGCUGCUCUUUCGCCCACCAUCACAUUCGGAGGUUUAUUAGGUGAGAAGACGCAAGGCAUGAUGGGAGUCUCUGAGCUCAUCAUCUCCACGGCAACGGUGGGAGUCCUGUUUUCCUUGCUGGCGGGGCAGCCGUUACUCAUUAUUGGCUUUUCUGGACCCCUUUUGGUCUUUGAGGAAGCUUUUUAUAAGUUCUGCCAGGCGCAGGGCUUUGAGUAUCUCACGGGCCGAGUCUGGAUCGGGUUCUGGCUCAUCUUUAUAGUUCUGGUGAUAGUGGCGGCUGAGGGGAGCUUCCUCGUGCGCUACAUCUCUCCUUUCACGCAGGAGAUCUUUGCUUUCCUCAUCUCCCUCAUUUUUAUCUUUGAAACCUUCUCCAAGCUCAUAAAGGUCUUUCAAGAACAUCCUCUGCAGAAAAGCUAUCCCACCACUUCCAUAUUGAAUGCCUUCACACCCAGAAUCUCUUCUUCGGAGGUGGAUGUGUUUGAGGAGCCCAUUCUCAACCAGCCCAACACAGCCCUGCUGUCACUGGUGCUCAUGAUGGGAACCUUCUUUGUGGCCUUCUUUCUCAGAAAGUUCAGGAAUAGCAGGUUCCUAGGUGGAAAGGCCAGAAGAAUCAUUGGAGAUUUUGGGAUCCCGAUCUCUAUCCUGAUCUCUGUUGUGGUGGAUAUCUCCAUCCCUGACACAUACACGCAGAAGCUGAACGUCCCCUCUGGAUUCUCGGUCACGUCUCCGGACAAGCGAGGCUGGUUUAUUAGCCCGUUCGGAGAUAAACAGCCUUUCCCCAUCUGGAUGAUGGGCGCCUCGGUGAUACCGGCCCUGCUUGUUUUUAUCCUCAUUUUUAUGGAGACUCAGAUCACCACCCUGAUGGUGAGCAAGAAGGAGCGGCGUUUGGUGAAGGGUUCAGGCUUUCAUUUGGACCUCCUGCUCAUCGUGAUUUUAGGAGCUUUCUGUCCGCUGUUCGGUCUGCCAUGGCUGACCGCCGCUACCGUACGCUCCGUGACUCACGUGAACGCUCUGACAGUCAUGAGUAAAGCUACGGCCCCUGGAGAAAAGCCCAUGAUCCAGGAGGUCAAAGAGCAAAGGGUGACGGGAAUGUGUGUGGCUGUGCUAGUAGGUUUGUCUAUAGUUAUGACUGAUGUGCUGCGUCACAUUCCUCUGGCUGUGCUGUUUGGUAUAUUUCUGUACAUGGGCGUCACGUCUCUUACUGGUAUCCAGCUUUAUGAGAGAAUCACGCUGAUGGUGACGCCUGCUAAACAUCAUCCUGACCACACCUUUGUUACCAAGGUGAAGACGUGGCGUAUGAACAUGUUCACCAUCAUUCAGUUGCUGUGUAUCGUCCUACUGUGGGUGGUGAAGUCGACUGUAGCGUCUCUGGCCUUUCCCUUCAUCCUGAUCAUGACCGUCCCUCUGAGAAGACUCAUCCUGACCAGAAUCUUUGAGGAGAGAGAGCUCGCCGCGCUGGAUGCUGAUGAAGACACGCCUAAUUUUGAUGAAGAUGGUCGUGAUGAAUACAAUGAAAUCCACAUGCUCGUCUAGACACAGAACAGCUCAACUCCUCAAUGACACGGGCCACCGAAUACUCAAUACUGUCCGGAGGUGUAAAGACCUGCACUGCCCUCUUCCACCAUUGUUUCUUGUGUGUUUAAACAUUUGUGAUCAUCCAGUCUAAAUACGGUUUGGAUUUUUCUGAUUUAAUUUUCAUCCUUUUGCUGUGUUGUUGGUGCUGUUAGUAAUUCAUCUGAUUGUUUUAUGGAAUAGCACACAGAAAAUAUCUUGCGAUAUCCCACCUGUGUCUGUGACGGCAAGUGAAACCUUUGGAUGCUGCAGUUUGGGCACUGAGAUGCUUGCGAUGUGCCAUUUUGAGGGGUUGGAUUUGCAAACAUGACUCUGAGGGUUUGGAGAGAGAGAGUUAAUGUUAGUAACUGCAUAUGUAACAGAUUUUAAAGCUUGAUUCAGCUCCCUAAAAAUACUAUGUUUUGUUUUUAUUUCAGAUUGUUAAAGAAAUAAGGUUUUUAUUCUAUUUUUAUUUUUUUAGGGAGGUUACUCCAAAGGAUUUAUUUAUGAUAAGUUGCUCAAAUGAUUUCUGUUCAGUAUAGAGACGAUAAACGAACGUUAUGUGGCCCAAAUUUAACUUCCGGUAGCAGGCAAUGAUCUAUAACUGUUGAGUAGUUUUAAUUUAGUACAAAUUGUUGUAUCUCUAGCCAGACAGAUAACUAAACAGACUUCUGGCCAGACGCGUGCUUCCGAUGAAAACAUUUAUUUUAGUUGAUAUAUAGAAUCAUUGCCCAACUAUGUUAUUAUUAUAAUCUAAAUUUUGAGUGUAUGUGUGUUGGUGGGCGCAUGUGUGUUUUAAUACCUUUGCUGUUAUGCUGCACAAUGUUGAAAAUAGGUUAAAGCCAUAGAAACAAGGAUUUUGUUGUGUGCAUAAAUAAGAACGUUCUGAAUCAAUGAUAGUCCAAAGGCUGUUAAACUGCCAGUGAAUAUGGAUUCACUCACCACUCAUAGGCACUUUGACUCCAAUGAAACUUGCUGCCAAAUUGUUGGACAGGCAAUUUUCCUGUAAAAUGUUCAUCAAGUCCCAUUUCCAAUUUGUGCAUGAAGUGAUUUACUUAAAAAUGUCUCUUCAGUCCCAAUCUUAAAGCCAAUCAUAAAUUGCACACUGUGGCGCUUUUAAAACAUUUCUCUGUUUGGGACGGGACCGAGUUUGAAACUCCAUUGGGACGACAGGGGGUUUGCAGAUUUUUUUGUAUUUCUUUCUUUGUGAAAUAAGAAGUUUAGAAACAGAAUGCAUCUCUUUCUCACCUUUUGUGUUUUCACAUUACACAAACUGUGACACGUUUAAUUCAAUCUUGUAUUAGUCUGAUGUCAUAACAGAAAGUAUUGCUCCAUUACGUCAUGUUUGGAGCUCUGACGAAACCUUGGACCUUUGGACUGUAAAUACCGCGCUGUCCGUGCGUGUGGCGGAUUUGUUGAACUUCUGAAGCCGGUCACGCAAGGACUAGCUCAUUUCAUCACAAACACACAUUCCACAUGUUUUCUUUUGCUCUUUGUUACCCUUUUGAAAAAAUGGAGAAUUGUGCAAUAUCGCAAUAUCUGUUGUGCUUCUCUGACGUUUGGCACGACCCUUAAGUGCCGCUUUCAGCCGGGUCCUGAUGUAAUGAGAGAUUUUGGGUUCCUUGAAGCACCUAAUAUAAGGGAGUAGAUGUAUUCAGAAGUGUAACCUCGAUACAGACGCCAGAAGGGUAAAUGGACGACAGACGAUUAUUGGUUGUAAUGUUUUUCCUUCAGUGUUUGUCUUCAGGGUUCGAUCGGAGAGGUAAAGUUGGAUGGAGACAGAAUUGCUAUGAUUGAUAAAGUAUUCCGUGUGUGAAACUCACUCGCCAGGUUUAUCAGAUGUGAACGCAACAGAUGUUUGAUUCUCAGAGGAGGGGUCUCAUGCUCAAAAGUUGAUCUUAUAAUGAAGUACUCGGUGUUCUUUCACGUGAAGUUGAGAAGAAACAGCAACCUAGUUUACAGAGCACAGAAUUUUUGGGGGCAUUAUGUGCACUGUCAAAUCGUGAAAAAUGAAACAUUGGAAACAAUUUAGAAAGAGAUAUGACCUGAUAUUGAUUUUAUGUUGAAAUCUUUGAUGUUUCCCAUAGAAAUGAUUAAAAAGAUACACGUGCAGGAGUUAUAAGAAAUAAUAAUCAUCGGUGGCGCUUGAUGAGACCCAUGUGAGAUUACUUUAGGGUCUCGGAAGAAAGAUCUGGAGCAAGUCUCCAUUAGAUCUCCUUCAAGUCUUGUUGAUGUCCUAAAGAUUGAUAUAGUAAAGAGACCUCCUGUGUGAUUUCUCUUUACUAUCUCUCAUAGCUGCUGCUUAAAGGAGUUAUUUACUGUAUAUAUUGAGAGAGAGAGAAAGAGAGAAUAGAUCAUCAUUGGUGCUUUAUCUGUUUAUUACAGGAGUUUUUUGCACUGCCAAUAAUAUUCACACUCUUUUUUUAAGUAAACAGUCUAAGCAACUGGAAAAAUUGGAGAGGCGUUUUGGUCAGAUAAAAAUGUGUUCACAAUCCCCCACUGUAAAAUAUUACUGCAACCAGAAAUGCUAAGUUGCACAGAUCGGUCGUUUGCGCUAUUUACUGUAUUUGAUUUGUGGUUGUCUAUGGUUUGGUUAACAUACACAUUCAACUUUAAUGAAUGUUAUUAAUUGAUAUAGUGACUUAUAAUUUCGAACACCAAACUGGUGAUGUUUCGAGCAGAAAUUCAUUGCAUCCUUUCCACUUUUGAUUGACAGGAUAUAUCGGCCCUGAAAUGAUCAUCGGCUAUUUUUAAACAGUAGAAUCACAAUAUUAUCUAGAGUGCACUGAUAUAUCAGCCAAUCAUUUUUAUCGGCCCGAUUAAAAGCUAAUUUUCCUCAACAGGACGAUACCGAUUAUUGGCCGAUAUAUCGGUGCAUCUCUAGAUCAUAUUGUAAUUUAACAUUUUGCCUUAAGAACCACAAUAGUUACAGACACACUCUGCCGCCCUACACUCGUAUACUUUAAGUGUGAUUCAUUUGCCAAAAGUAAGAUAACUAAAUAAAAUAAGACGAAUGUGACAGAUUUUUAAGAAAUUCUCAAUUUCACCAUGCAUCUGAAUUAUUAUAGCCAUGAUAAUCAUAGAGUGAAAAUCUGAUAUUGUGACAGCCCCAAUUUACGCUUAUUCAAAGGGCUAGGCAUCUUUUAUUUAUUUGCAUAAUUUACCUGGGAGUGUUUGGCCAGUCAAACCCACUUCUGUCACAGAGUUAUCGACUUCUUAACCCUUUUGUUUGGAUAAAUCAUUGACGCACAGCUUUGAUGCCUGACCAUCCUCUUACUAUGUACAGUAUGAUUGCUAACUGUUACUUUGAGUCCUGGGACUAAAGAUCUGGUCAAGUGAUUUAAUGGUUCCCUGCAUGUGGCAGCUCAUGAAACGCCCCGUUUUGCAAUAUGAAUCAUAACCCUGCAGUGCUUGGCCUCAUAACUGCUGAUUUAUUUCUAUGUUUAACAGUUCAUGCUUUUAUUUAUUAGCAUACACCAUUUUUUAAAUGGAUUAAGGCUGUCAUUUAAGAUAAGUACCAUUAGUCCCUAAAGCACAACAAACUGAUAUUGAUUGCGUAGUUUGUCUCGUGCUGAAUGUAUAUAAUGUAGUGAUAUUGUACAUGAUGUCUUGUUGGAACAUCUGGAUGCAGUUUCUUGAAUUUGUGUCUGGUUGAUAUACACCCAGAGACAGGUUUGGCGUAAGAACAUGGAGAAAAACAGAAUUUGCAGUGUACCCAGUCCAGCAAAAUGUAGUUGUAACUCCUCUCAUAAGCGCUUAAUCCCAUUUUGUACGUAAACGGUUGGGUUAUUUAUGGUAGUGACGAAUGCAUUCAAUACUGAAAAAUGUUUUACAUUCAGCUUCUUCAGCCAUUGCCAAUCCAAUAUUUUGUCUUCACUCCUACAUUUUUAGAGAAAGUUCACCUAAAAAUAACAGUUCUGUCAUAAUUUCUUCACACCUCACGUCACCUCCUAAGACUUUAUUUUUCUGCGGAAUACAAAAGAAGAUCAUUUGGAAGGACGUUGAUCACCAAACAACACUGGCCCCAUUGACUUCCAUUGUAUGAACACAAAACCAUGGUGUCAUUUCUCAAAAUAUCCUCUUUUGUGUUCCACACAGAAAGACUUUUUGAACACACACAUUAGAACCUCUGUGCAAUUGAAGUACAGACGUGUGCGGAGAGCUCGGAGACAUAAGCACCUUUGUCAUUGUCGGGUUGUGUGAAAAGAAAAACACAUUUUGCAUGGAUGUUGGGUUAUUAUGUGAGCACUUCUAGACUGCCAUUUCCGGUUUGUGGUUUUUAGAUGUCGGAGCCAUGAAAUGAAAGGGAAAUGGUAUUACUGGUGCAGGGGUGAGACGUCUGAAUUUUGGUAGGUGAUGCCACCCUAGUUGUGCAGACCACCCACCCGUUCUUAUGGAAAUACUACUGUUUGCCAUUAUGCCUGAACCGUCAUUCUUUUGUUUUUUGUCAUUUUAUUUAGUUUUGUCUAAUGCUGUGUGUCAGCUGUAUGCCAUUUUUUUUUUUUAAUGACACAGAAAAUGACAAUCAGAUGUAGUUGCAGAUUUUAUUAAUAUAUUAUUACCCAACAUUCAGCAGUUCUGACACGAAACAUUUUAACACGAAGAGACGAAAGAUUCGAUUUGGUUGAAAAUAUAGAGCGGUUGUAAAAGAAAACGUUUACCUCUCUCACAUGUUAAUACAAGCAAUGUGAAUUUCAUUUUUCUCUUUAUACUUUUAGAUGGAGAUAGGAUGAACACUAGAUUACACGUUUAGCUCCUUAAGACAAAUAAGGAUGAUAAAAAAGAAUCAUAAUUCCUUGAGUUUUAUUUGACAUAGUGGGUUAAUGGUUUUACGUUUGGAUCAUUUUCAGAAAGGCCUCUAGGCCUCUGUUGCCUGGUUAUAAAUAAGAAGUGUAGUUUGUCCGAAAAUACGAAAACAUUUCGAGUUCGUAUAUGUUAUAAAAUGUAUUACUUUAGCAUUAGCAAUACUGGAAAUACGAUGAUGUUGUGGAUAUUUUAAUAGCAGUAAUAACUACUAUUGUGUAAAAAGAAAAAUGGUUUUAAGAGCAUUGUCAAACAAAUUGUUAUUUUUUUGUCUCAAAAUAAAUAUUUAUUAUGUGUUUCAA